AAACUGCUUUGCUGUACAGAAAUACUUGUGUUUGCAACAAUGCAUCUACCCAACGAAGUCCACGACCUCAUCAUUUCAGAUCUUGAACCGCGAGAACGCUUCAACUACCGCCUUAUCGGCCACUCAUUCGCACAAGCCGCAAUACCACACGUCUUCAGGCGCAUCAAUGUCUCGCCCGUGGUAUCCAGUCUCCGCGACCUGGCACACAUUGCAAGCCAGAAGCAUCUAAACCGCCAUGUGACACACUUGGGAUGGGACAGCGAUCGAUUGCGCCUCGGAAAGAAGAUAGGUCAAAUCGAUCUUGAAGACAAACAGUGGGAAGCCGUGAGAGAGAUAUUGCCCAGAGAUGCGAACGAGAGCGAACAUCAUGGAGAUAUUGGCAUGCGUAUUCUAACACUCAUUCUCCGCCACUUUCCCAAUCUCAAAACAUUGGAUAUUGAUAUCUGGGAGAGCUCUGACACUACCGAAAGAUGUCUCGAUCCUUCAGACUCUUCGUCUAUGAUCCGGGGCGAAUACGAGAUGUAUACACUCCUUACAGCAGCGCAUGCCGUGGGAUGUCAGAUUACCGAGUUCAAGCUCUCCAGCGUAGGUAGACCGCAUCCGCUUUUCCGUUCGGAGAUCUGGCCUUCCCUCGUUCCCGUGUGCAAAGACCUGACAUCUUUAAAACUUCCCUUGAACUUCGCUCUCAGCGUCGAGGAGAAGGAAACAUGGUUGAGGGAGUACAAGGAAAUAGAAGAUCAGAUACCAGAGGAUGAGCGCACGACAAUGUUCACAGGGUACACAACAGUCCAUUCAUUCCACAGCACAGCGGCGCAGAUAGCUUCAUUCCGGGCAUUCCUUAGUACACUGAGUAAACUGCAGACGCUCGAACUGACGCUCAAAGCGGAGCAGUGGGAUGAACACGUCGACAUGGAUGCUCAUCUCAGCCUGCAAGGUCCUUCUCUCGAGGACGUGCUUCCUUCAAACGCUUUUCCGCAUCUGCGUACGCUGGUGUUGGAUCACCCUAACACGUCAACUGCAUGUCUCAAAUCUGUGUUGACUAAACACAAGGAGACACUGGAGGUGGCCAAGUUUACCAAUGUCGCGUUCGCAUUUUGUGAAACGCAAUUAAUGUAUGGGGGAUAUGAACCUAAGAACCAAGGGUGUACGGCGUUGAAGGAGUGGGUAGAACUUGAGUUUGAGUUGGACGAGUUUGACUUGACUUGCCUAAAUUGUGGAUCUAAUCUGUGGCCAUGCUGUGUAGCAGUAGGCGGUAUGAGAUAUUGUUGCUGACGGAAUAGCGAGAUGAAUGGGAUGUAGGCUUGGUUUUGAGGGGACUCUUGGUUGGGGAGACGCAUAUUUAGAGAUAUAGAAUAAGUAAUAAGUCUAAAAGAG